CCGACAGUCAAACACCCCCGCCACUGUUGUUCGGUACGCAUGCGCGAUUCUCCUUCUCUCGUGUAAUGGCGACAUGUGCUUUUGCAGGGAGUCCACUUGUAGGAGAGACGGCAUUUAAGCUGUUUGUGGGCUGAGCGGGUGUGAGCUGUGCAGCUUGAAACUGAAAUUUUUUUUUUCGCUACUGGGAUUUUACUUACUGAUUGAUACAACGGACUUUACCCGCAACAAUUUGUGUCUUCCCACAAGACACAUCUUUGGGGGAAAAAUUUGAAGAAGAGAAAAAAAAAGACAUUUUUUUUUCUGUCUGUCUGCCUCAGUUAUUUCAGGAGAGAAAAACGAUAACAAGUAAGGAAAAAAAAAAAGAGGAUCCCUUUUAAAUAUUUUGAUGAAAAAAACUCUACUAUAAGAGACAUUUGUGUGUGUAUAUAUACUUAAUUACACACUCAUAUACAUACAUACAGCGCAUAUAUUUAGCUAUAGAAAACUAUAUAUACAUAUAAAGCAUUAGUACUCGUUUGUGUGUGUGUAUAUUAUAUACAUUACAUAAAGUACAUCUAUAUAGUACAAAAAAAAGGACAAUUUUUAAAAAAAUACGUUGGUGAAGGAUAAAACACGGAAUGCUAUUUUAAAAUCAAACCAAAAAAAAAAAGCUCUGCAUAUAUAACCCCCCUCCAAAAGUAGCUAAUUCCGUUUAUUAAUUGGAAAUUCCUCAAAACCAGGAUUACUAUUAUUAUUGUUAUUAAUAUUCUGAUUAUUUUUCGUUUUAAUCUCUUCUUAAUUUUGCAAAGAAAGAGAAAAGAAAAAGAUACAAGCUUUGAAUCACAAAUUUUGUUGCUGCUUAAGCAAGAUUUAUUCCUCACGAUUAUUCAAAUGUUUUUAAAAUUUUGGUGUGUAUGAACCUAAAUAAGAUACAUUUGAAAUCGUAUUAAUUUCUUUUUAUUAAACUUUGUUUCCUUUUUGCAAUUCUUGCUGAAGUUAAAAAGCGCUUUUUAUAUUGUUUAUAUAAUAAUAAUAAUAAUCAUUAUAACCACUAUAAUUGUCGUCAUUACUAGAUCUAAGAGCAAAAUAAAACUUCCACCAUCAUCUAUGUAUGGUAUUUUCUAUGUGCUUUAACUACCACCAGUCUGACAAGGACUUUUAGUUAACCUGAAGCACGUUCGGGGAGACACAAAAGACAUAUCUUGCUUUGAUCAGUCUUUUCUCGAGAAACCGUUCAAUAUGGCGACAAAGGUCUCAUCACAGUCGACGGGCACCUCAUCGUCAACAACACACCUCGUCUCCUCUCCGGACUGCAGCAGCACUCAUCGAAAUAAAUCAGUCGCCGAGAACCAGAGAAAGUCAAAGAGCGAAACCAACGCCAGUCCCACGGCUAGUGCCAAUACCCAUCCCACAACUAUGUCCUCUCCAACCGCAGUAGCCUCUUCCGGCCCCAACGGACACUCUGCUACUAAUAGUAGUCAUAAUAAUAAUAAUAAUACCUCGACAGCUGACGAUGGGAAGAGGAACUCCAAGUCAGAUUCCAGUAAAGGAUCAAACACGCAAACACGUGUCGAAGUGAAGAAAUUCGACAACAAAACGUAUGUCGAAGCUCCCCUGCCGAAGCACAAUCCAUGGAAUAAGGGUAAAACUGGAAACAGCAAACAAGCUAAUCCUACACCGAUCGAAACUGUGACGAAAGUUCAAGAAACAAAAGUUAUUAAAAUUACACAAGAUAAGAAAGUAGAUGUGCCCAAGUCUCGCCUCACACCAACACUGGCAGCAACUACAGAUAUGGAUGGUUCUAAUGGCUUUCAUGAUGACAAUUGGCCUGCUUUAAGUGAAGUAACUGAUCUUCAAGUUACAAAGAAAUCAGCACGAUCCUCUAACAACACACACUCUCCUGUACCAUCAUCAAAUGGCCAGAAUGACUCUGGGGGAGAUGACAGUGCCAAAGAGAAUAAGGAGAAUGGUGCAGUUGCAGAAGAUGCAAAUAAGGGCGCUAAAAAGAAAGGAUGUCGACAGAAAUGGGUUCCACUGGAAAUAGAGCCACCCAAAGUUCACGGAAACAGACGCAGUCGUAGCCAGGGCCGCAGAGGAGGUGCAUCAACUGCAUCAGUUCCUCGUAGACCGAUGGGAGAUAAAUUGAAAAAAGCAGAACCUGGCUCCAAAGUCCCAGAGUCUGGCAACUGGAGAGACGGUAUGGCACCACUCAGCCCGAAAGAAAUGCAAAGAUCUUACCGUGGCGGACGUCGAGGAAGAGGCCGCGGUCGUGGUGCUGGCGGGAGUGGACGAGGACGUGGAAGGGGGUUUUCUCUGCAUGAUCCUUACCAAUAUGAUCCAACAGCCUAUUUCAAUGGGACCAUGUACUAUGGCAUUCAGUCUUAUGACAACGCACAAGUGAAAGAGUUCAUCAAAAGUCAAAUAGAGUACUAUUUGUCAGAAGAUAACUUGAACCGGGACUAUUUCCUACGGCAAAACAUGGAUCAGGAUGGAUGGAUUCCUUUAUCACUCAUCUCAACGUUCCGGCGAAUUGCCAACGCCACUAAAGUUAUGGAUGUUAUUAUUGAGGCACUUCAAGACAGUGAUACAGUUGAAUACUCUGUAGAUUUGAAUGCUGUUCGACCUAAGGAAGGUCCGUCAAAAUGGCCUGUCUCGGCACCAGUUUUGCCUCCCAAAAGUAACCUUCACCCAGAUGUUCCAGAAUUUAUUCCAGGCCAAACUUAUGCAUUCCCUGAACGCAAUACUGAAGAUAGCCAUAGCUUGGGAGGAACUGAAGGCAAAGAAUCUGAAGACUUAAAUGAGGAAACUCCCAGUGAACCUACACUUGAAGGUGUUCCUUCAAACUUACUUACCAUACCUCCUGUCGUCUCACAGAGUGCACCAGAUUUACAGGCUGAAUGGGUUCAGGUACGAAACCGUAAGAAAUGUGCACAGAAAGAAAAACGAAGUCGAGAGCAGGAUGAUAAAGCUGAUGAUACAGAACGGGAAGAGUUGAAUUUUAUGCUUGAUGAAGAAUUAGAGCAACUUGAAGUUGGACGACGCAACUGCUUCAGUGAAUGGUCUGAUGACGAAGAUUUGCCAGAUGAAAUUGAUGACUCAGAUAUUAACAAAAUUCUCAUCGUUACUCAGACACCCCCAGCUCUCCGAAAACAUCCAGGGGGCGACCGGACUAAUGAGGCAACGUCAAGAGUGAAAAUAAAUACCGAAUGCUAUCACAUUAUUAAUGAUGGCUUGCGCUAUUAUGAAAACUUAUGUUGGGACACCAAUCUGCUGAAUGAUUUCAAAGAGUAUCGUACUUUGAAUAUGAUUAGCAAAGAAGAAUUUGACAGUCUUGCUCCAUACAAACCAAAUGAUACAAACCAAGAAAUUCCUCCUCCACCACCACCACCUGCUCAUGAGAGACAUCCACAAACACCAUCACAGACAGAAUUAUCACGGUCGUUGCCGACAUACGUUCCUGAAACACCUGGAUACUUUGAAGGUCCUCGAACUCCAAAAUAUGUACGAAAUGACAUGUUACCACGCUUUUAUCCUGUGGUGAAAGAUUCCAGUCGACCUCCAGAUCCCCAGACUCCAAGAAAGCAAAAAACCAAAUAUAGUAAUAAUCCACCAAUUGAAAGCCAUGUUGGUUGGGUAAUGGAUGCCAAAGAACAUCGACCAAGAUCCAGACACAGUUCCAGCUCAUACUCUCAAAGCCCUAGUGAUAGUGCAUUGUCAACAAGUGCUCCCCAGACAUUCCCGCUAUUCCAACAUCCAUCAUAUGAACUGCUGAAAGAGAAAAACUUUGUCUGGACAGUUUAUCAUAAGUACCACGCCAAAUGUCUUAAAGAGAGGAAAAAGCAAGGAAUUGGUCUUUCUCAAGAAAUGAACACAUUAUUCCGCUUUUGGUCAUUCUUCCUUCGAGAACACUACAACAAAAAGAUGUACAUUGAAUUUAAGACGUUGGCCUGUGAAGAUGCUAAAGCUGGAUACCGGUAUGGUUUGGAAUGCUUAUUUCGCUUCUACAGUUAUGGUUUGGAAAAACGAUUUCGAAGUGAAAUAUAUCAAGAUUUUCAAGAAGAAACUAUUAGAGAUUAUGGAAAUGGUCAGCUGUAUGGUUUGGAGAAAUUUUGGGCAUUCUUAAAAUAUUCUCGAAGAAACGUGGAUGUGGAUUCCAAAUUAAAACAGUGGUUAUCAACAUACAAACGCUUAGAAGAUUUCCGGAAAGAGCCUGAUGCGGAUUUAUUUGAGAGUCAAUCAGCUGAACCAAAGCCAACGAAGGGUAUUGAUAUUCCAGCUUCCAGCCACUUGUCACACUCGUUAUCGUCGUCAACGCAUCCAUCGAGUUCCCAUGGGGACUGAGUUGUGCCACAUGUGUAAAACCUGUUGGUGGCUCAUGCAAAGCUUUACACUACUGUUGAUUAUCAAAUGUAUUCAGGGUAAACCACGACAGUGAUGAUUAUGAUGAUUACAGGCACUUUUUUUUUCCCCCCUCCAACUAUGAUAACAGCAAUGGCGCUAAAGAUAUUUUAAAUGAAAAGCUAAAAAAAUGAGAGCAAAAAAAAAACCAGAAAAACAUGCUAUAUUUUGAUAAGGGAGUCUUCUGCUCUGCUUUUUUUUUUUUUUUUUUACCGUGUAUAUAAUAUAUACAUAUAUAUCAUAUGUAUACAUAUAUGGAAAGACAAAUUACCAUAACCUAACAACCUAAAAAAAAAAUGUACAAAAAAAAUACAAACUCAUAAACCAGUAAAAAAAAAAUACAUAUAUACAGACAUUAAUGCAAAAUCUAUUCAGGAUUAUGCAGUAAACUGCAUUAUAAAAUAGCAGUUUACCUUUCCUCCCCCCUGCAAGUGCAUUUGUGUUGAUUAUACUGAUGUGUGUGUAUAUAUAAUAUAUAUAUAUAUACUAUCUUUUUCAUAUAUACAUGCAUAUAUUUAUUAUUACUGUUAUUUUUACUAGUAGUACAAUUACAAUAAUAAUUAUCAUUAUUGGCCGAGGAUCCCCCCACCAUCUUCCAAUCUUAAUUUUGAAGAAGAAAAAUUCAAUUUUGUUUAUAUGUGGGGGAGGGGAUGUUAAAAAAUGAGGUGGUGGUUUCAUCAGUUUUCUUUUUCUGUCUUUCAGGAUAUUUAAAACUUUGCUUUUGUUCUUUUCUUCUUUUUUUUUAUCUUUUUUUUUCUUCCCCUUCUAGCAUCUACUGUACUUUCUUUUUCCCCUCUAAACUUUUACACCUUUCUUUAUAACUGAAAUGACUUAUGUAUAUAAACACAUGCACACACACAUACACACACAGUCUCUUUUGUUCUCUCUCUCUCUUUCUUUUUUCUCUCUUACCACUGGACUACUGCUGACUCAACUUCAAGAAAGCUUCCAGUUGUUUAGAAUUUUUUAUAACAAAACUAUUUUUCCAAUAAGAAGUCAUUCAUAAAUAGUAUAAAACAAAACUCUUCAAUUAUUAGUUGAAUCUCUCAACUACAUUGUUUUAAUUUAUUAUUACUAACAUUUUGUUUGGUUGUUUUUUUUUUUUCUGUCUUGAGAAGGGCAUGAACAUUAGAAAUAGUCAGUUCCCUGACUUUUUUUUUUAAUAUAGGAUGCUUCUUGAGCCCUUCCAUCCUUGUUUCUUCUUUUCUAAUGGCUUUAAAAACAAAAAUAAACCAGGAAUAUUUAUUUUUCCUAAAACAGUUAAAAAUCAGCAACUCCUUACACAAAAACAAAUAAAAUUUAUAUACAAAGAAAAAAUCCCUCACUUCCAUUUUUAUAACAAUUUCCUAGUCUGUGAUAGGUAAGAGGAACUGUGGAACUCUUUCUUUUACUCUCUCUUUCCUCUUGAUUCUGCACUUUCUUCCUUACAUUUUUCUCUCACUCCCCUGCCCCAUCUCUCUCUUCCCCUCAUUUCUCUCUCCUGUAAUUUUGCUAAAGUCUCCAUCACAGUUAAGAACACUUCCAAAUUGAAAUCCCUAGCAACCGUUCCAUAGUUAUUGAUGAGAUGAACAUUUGUAGCUUUGUAAAUUGGUCACCUUUAGAGUACAUACAUAUGUAUGGUGCACGUGUAAGAGAUUGUUACAUUAGAAUUAUCCCAGUCUGAAUUACUUUAACAAGUUAGUAUUUAUAAGAAAAACAUGAAGGUGAUAGAUGAACCUUUAUACAUAAGCAACAAUUCAAUAUUAUUAGGAAGAUGGCAAGCUGGCAGGUCAAGUCUGCCUUUCAUCCUUUCAGGGUUGAUAGAAUAAAGUACUAGUGAAAUACUAGUGUCAGUGUAAUUGACUAAACCCUCCCCCAAAUUUCAGGCCUUGUACCCUAUAUUAGGAACAAUUAUUUAUUAGGGUUUGCUUGCAUCAGCAAAUCUUAAUGUGACUGAAGUGUUGUCACAGACAAAUUUGAGCAAGACUUCUUGAAUUGGUUGCUUCUGCUUUGCACAGUACUUACUGUAGCUGCUCAUUGACAUUCACUGUCUCCUUACAAUUGAAAGUAUAUCAUGGUAACACUGGUGUGGAUAACCAUAUGAUAACAUUGUGUUACUAUACAUGCUCCCAAACACACCUAUUUCACUUACAUCGUAUACUCUAACUACCUCCAAGAAAAUGUGGGGAAAAGAUGUUCAAGUGCAAAAUGAAAUAUGGUAAUUAUUGGGGCUUGUAUGUUUUCUCUCUUUUUAUUAUUUUAUUUUGGGGGGGAUAAUUAUGUUGCCAAACCAGAUUCUGGUAGGACUUCUCUAAUUCUUUGUUAUUGGUAGCAGGCUAUUAUCAUCCAGAAAAGAAAAGAAAAAAAAAUCAACAGAAAAUACUAAUUUUUUUCCUCCUGUCAUUUAUAUGAAUGGAACUUUUGUAUUAUAUAGAUUGCAGUCAGAGGUUAGUAGAGGAAAGAGAAUAAGGAAAAAAAAAUCUUAUUCCUUUUUUCUUUUUUCAAUAUAUAUACAUAUAUAUAUAUGUGGAAAAUAUUUUAAAAAAAGUAAUCCAGCUUAUAAUUGGUCAUUUGAUCUGUCUUAUUUUGGUAUUGAAAUUUCUAUUUUUGUACUUAACAAGAACAUUCAUUGUUUUUAUAUAUGCAUGUGCACACAUGCACUGUGGUGUAUUACUUGUGUGAGUGUGCAUACAUGUGUGUGUGUGUGUGUGUAUAUAUUUGUGUGUAUACAUAUGUAUAUGUAUGUGUGUAUACAUAUAUAUAUAUAUAUUUUUUUUUUUUUUUUGCUUCCAUUCUUGUAUUUCUUUCCCUUCUCUUCAUUUUGAACUCUAAGGUAUUUGGAGGUCAUAUCCUAAAUUUGUUAAGGCCUUUGUACAUUCAUUGGCAGCAUUUACAUUUUGCUGUAUGGUAUUACAGUUUUUCUGUAUAAUAGUUUGUAUCUGAAAAAUGAGAUAGCAAAAUGGAAUCAGUCACAAUUGUACUUUGCACUCACAAACACCCACAUGAACGGUUUAAGUUAUAUUAUUAUUAUUAUUAUCUCUAAACCUUCUAUUUGUAUGUAUCAUUUCCAAAUAGUGAUGUAUGGCUCUGGAUUGUAAGUGUUAACAAAAUAUUAAAUUCUUUUAAUCCUUCAUUUCAAAUGGAAUUUGAGGUUUUAUUUAAAACAAAUGAUUGAGAUGAGUUACUGUUGCUUCAGUUCUUUCCUGUGUUCUGCCUGUCUUGAGAACAGAUAUUUUAGAUGGAUUUUUCCUAGAAUAUGUAGACUGUUCAUUCUUACAAUUGAAGAAUUUAAUUAGUGUGAAGGGUGUAUUAAUCAACUGCAAAUGGAAUUUGUUGUCCAGUUUUGCUUGGAGUUUUAGUUGGCUUCAGGUUUACUUGGCUGAUGAAACUUGGAAAGGCAAGAGGGUCACAACUUCCAUUUUGCUUAGUUUUUAACUUCUCACCAAAUAAAAACUUAGAAAUAAUUGAAUAACAUUUACUUCAAACCCCACUUUAGCUGACUGUUAACAAUAGUAAGAAUUUUUUUUAGGAUAAACUGAAAUGUUGGGAUAGAUGGAGGAAGUUGGACAAAGGAUGCAACUGUUAUGCAUCCAUCAGGAACUUUUUCUGUCAGGAUAUUGAAUGACUUCGGUUAAGGUUCUGAGUCUACUGUGCUUCUCACAUUGACCAGUUUAUUAAUCUUAAAUGUUUUCUGUCAAUCUACUGCCCAGUGAAAAUGCAAGGGUCUAAUCACCAUGACACCUGUUAAAGGGCUGACUGUCAGAUAUUUGGUUACAAAGCUACUGAGACUCUUCAUAUUAAAUUUAGCAAAGUUAUUUGAAUAAGGAUUAUAUUGUUACAUUCGUUACUUAAUUCAUUGUACUGUAAAAAUUAGUGAUGUCCUCAGUUUAAGGAUCUUUCUACUUCUCAGACAACCACUGAAAUGCAUACUAAUAAAACUGGUAAAGAGAUAUGAAUGAGGUAACUGUGUAAGGCUGAUUCACUUACCCACCCCAUGUACAUUCAAGUAUUUUUAUCUCCUGAUUGAAAUUGAAUAGCUAUAUAGUAAAAGAUGCAUUGUUUAUUUCUUAGGGAUCAUAGCUAUAAAUAAGGUCUUGGGUUCUAUUCCUGACAAGGUAGUGUGUUCUGUUCUUGAGCAAGGCAUUUCAUUUCAGUUUGAUUCAAGCCACAUAGCUGUAAAAGGAAACCAAGUGCUGGUGCAGUUCUUUCUCUCUCUCUCUCUCUCUCUCUCUCUCUCUCUCUCUCUCUCUCUCUCUCUCUCUCUCUCUCUCUCUCUCUCUCUCUCUCUCUCUCCCUCUUCCUCCAUGCUCUGAGUCAAGAAUGGGAGGGCCUAGAGGAUGUCUGCUUGCAACAGUUGUAACAGUUUGUAAAAAUAUAUUGAGUGAUGGCUUAACUUUAUAGUAACAGACCUUGAAUCUAAGUGCGACUUGUUUAAACUUUCCCUUUGGAGGCUACAGAAGUUUGAAAUACAGUUUGUCGAUCACCACAUAUACAUAAAAUCCUAUCAUGGACAAAAUCUGCUUACAGGUGUGAAUUUGUUAAACAUUGACAACUUUCAGCAAAACCUACUGAAAAUAAAAUAGCAUCUGUUUACACACACUUUCCUUGAUAUGUCUGUAUGUUAAUAGUAGACCUGGAAAAACACAAACCAUAUUGAUUUUUAUUAUUAUUAUGAAAGGAUGGCAAGGCAACAAGCUGGUAGAAUCGUUAACAUGCCAGGCAAAAUGCUUAGUGGCACUGGGAUCAGUGGAUUCGACUAGCCCCCUCUCCCAAAAUUUCAGGCCUUGUGCCUGUAGUAGGAAGGAUUAUUAUUAAAAGGUGACAAGCUGGUGAAAUCAUUGGGGCAUGACGAAAUCUGCUUUGGAGUUAAGGUAAACAAUGGGGUUGAUGCUAUUGUCUAACCUCUUCCCUUCAAUAUUGCUGAUCUUGUGCAUAAAUCAGAAACUUAUUAUUUAAAUGGUUAGCUGGCAGAAUUCUUUCAGAAAAAUGCUUUGCAGUAUUUUUUCUGGCUCCUUACAUUCUAUGUUCAUUUCUCACCUAGGUCAGCUUUUGCUUUGUGCCAAUAUUUGAAGCAUUGAUAAUAACUUAUAAAGAAGUGGUGUAAGUUUUUUUUCCAAGCAUUUACUGAGGGAGAUGAUUUCUUUGUUGCUGUUAACAACAGUAAGUUCAUUGGUCAAAUGUCACCCUAGUGUCUUAGUGACCUUCAUUGAAAAAAAAAAAAAAAAAUUUGCUUUUUAAAUUUUAUUUCUACUUACCAAUGAAGUUAAAAAAUUUGAAUUAUCCAUAUGUAAGAAUUUUUUGGUUAUGUGCCAACAGCUGAAUGAAUGAAUGAAAAAUUAAUAAUAUAUAAUAUUGUUUCUAGUAAGAUGUAAGCUAAGGUUGUAUAUUUGGCGAGCUUGUUAAUUUGCCAAAUGGUUAAAAUGUCAGAAAUUCCUUUACUUCCAAAAAUAUUAUUAUUCUUCUAACACUAGGCUCAUUAGUUGAGAGAUAUAUGCUCUACAUGUCACAGUUGAUUUUUGUUAUAGACUGAUAUACAUCAGCCAUGGAAAAACAUUUGUAAUAAUUUGAGUUGUGAUAUUCAUAUCAAGACUUGUUUUUGCUUAGGAUAAAUAAGCAUGAAGGAUAGGGAAGGGAAACAAUAGCAUGGUCUUUUCAAGAACGCUUUAGAUGUAUUUGCUUGACCAAAGCUGGCUUGUAGCAGUUAAACAACAUUAUUUUCAAGUUGCAAAUAUAUCCUGAAGAUCCCAGUGAAAUUAAUGCCUGAACAAUCUGAGAAAUGAGUUGUUUAUUGUCCAGAGUAUAUAAAUCCAUUUGUAUAUUUUAUCCUGACUGGAAAACAUAUGCAUUUGUUUUACAUACUUUCUCUUGAGUUAUGAUUGCAUAUCAGAGUGCAAAUUUUACCUGUUUUAUAUUGGUGUUACUCUCUUGAAUUGGUAAAAUGAAUAAAGGGACUGGAAUCUACAGCCCUCAUCCUUUUUCUGCUACAAAAGAAAUCAAUACAAUAUCAUGUUUCCCCAGCAAUUAUUUUGUUCUUCCUGAGGCUUAAACACCCUUGCAAAGGAAAAAAAAAUCAGUUAUUAGUCUGAUAAAGCUCAGCUAGAUGAAAUAUCUUAUGGCAUUUAGUUACAUAAAUACCAUAAUACCCUGGCAUCAAUUUUGCUUUACAUCAGUGGAUAAAAUGAAGGCUAGUGUAAGUCAUAGCACACCUGAGCCAUGUAUAUAAUAAGCUCAUUAUUUCAUAUCUCUUCAAAAUUUUUGUGUCCAAGUUAGAAGUACUAUAAACAGACGCCUAAUAUUGAUUUGUGAAUUCUGCUGCUGCAGAUUGAGAGAUAGAGGAAAUUUUAUGGAAAGAAGGAAUUUCAGAUAGAAGCAGUAAUGUUGCUUUAGAGAAGGAAACAGAAAUUCUUUGUUAGUUUUCUGUGGUUUUGUCUUUAGCUUACUUGAUUUCUUAGGCCACUUCAUUUUUCUUAUUGUGCUGCUGCACUUUGGAAAGGUGACUCCUGAGCUUAUCUGUGUUUCAUGCUCUGGCAGUCUAGUUCCAACUUGUCUUGGUGAUAUCUCUGAAAGUCAUGUCUUCAUGUUCCCAUGUGGGACUUGAUCCCCAUGCAGAAGAUCUAACAAGGGCAUGAUCCUGUUACAUUCCCUGCUAAAACCACCACCACUUUUGUCACAAACCUAGAGGAAGUUCUGUGAUUGCUAAGACUAUCAGAAUUAGCCAAAUCUCCUUAAAAUUAGUUGUAGUUGUGGUGGUGGUGCCAAACAGCAAAUGGCAUCCUAUUUAGAAACAUAGAGUUUUCUCUUUGACUAUGUAGAAACUAUCAGUUAUAUUUAAGUGACAUUGUUAAUGCUCCUUAAAAUUCGAAUAAUAUCAGAAUAUCACCACUCACUGUUCCCCUCUCACACCAGAUCCCUUAAAUAUCUUUGGCAUAAAUUGCCAAAAUAAAAUGAAUUACUAUUACUAGCAGUUAUUUAACUGUGACUACCACCAUCAUUACUACUUACCUUCCAUUUGUAUUCUUUUAAUUAUUAUUAUUAUUAUUAUGAGUAAUGUCAACCCAUACUCAAAUGUAUAAAAUAAAAAGAUACUGUUUAAAUCUGUCCAAAAUAAUGCUUGUGCUGUAAAAGAGUUUCUUCUUUGGGUUUUUUUUUUUUUUUAAUCAUGUUUUGUAAAUAUUCUGUCAAUAUCUUCCAGAUGUAUAUGAAAACGCUUGUUUGUUAGAGUGUGAGUGUUUGUUUGUAUGUACAUAUUAAUACAUGAAAAAUAUUGAAACGCACAUGUGUAUAUUAUUCCUCUGUUUUAAGAGGUAGAAUGGUGGUGUAGUUAGUGAGUAAAUGAAAUAAUUCUGUAAUAAAUAAAAAAAAAAAUU